AUGCUUCAGCUUUGGAAACUUGUUCUCUUAUGCGGCCUGCUCACUGGGACCUCAGCGUCUGUCCUUGGAAAUCUUGGUGACGACCUGAAUAAUGUUGUGGACAAACUGAAACCUGUCGUUGAGAAAGGACUUGAGACCGUUGACAAUACACUUGAAUCUGUUCUUCAAAAACUGAAGGCUGACUGGAAGAUAAUUCAGAAAUCCAAGGCUUGGCAUCUGGCUGAGGAAAAGGUGCAGGAAGUGAAGAACUUGGUGAAUGAUGCUCUUUCUAAGAUUGUUCCAGCUAAGGAUGACACUUUGGGGUUGAACAUCAUUAACUCCCGCAUCCUGAAAAUCAAAGCUGAACUGACUCUUGAUGGUGAAGGCCUUAACAUAAGGAUCCCCGUUGUUGCCAAUGUCACCCUGGCCCUGCCUCUCAUUGGCCGGGUGGUCAACCUGAAGGUCUCUUUGGACCUUGUGACUAGCGUCAGACUUGCAACUGAUGCCCAGACUGGCGCUGUCACAGUGAUCGUGGGAAAAUGCAGCAGUGAUGAGGACAGCAUCUCACUCACCGUGCUGGACGGCCACAAUGGUCUGAUCGAGAAGGCCGCGAACACCGUGAGCAGCUUCCUGACAAAGACCCUGUCCCGCCUGAUAGAGAAGGAUGUGUGCCCACUGAUCCACACCUUACUCUCCAACCUGGAUGGGAAUAUUAUUCAGGACAUCAUUGGUAAAUCACAGCCUGGGGACCGGGAUCGGUUCCAGUGGCUCAAUGGUGUCCCUUAUAGCAUUUCCAUCCGGGCAGGUGCAGCCACCUUCCAACCAGAGUGA